AUGACCGACUUCGAUCACUUUCAAGAUCGAGUAUUUUAUCGAAAUGACGAGGAGCCACUUUCGCUACACUUGGUAUCAAUUGACGGCGCAAGAUGGAAGGAGAACCGUACAAAAUACGCGCCCCUUUUUGGAACUCUGAAGGUUAAACUGCUAUAUGAUAAGGUGUCGAAAUGUGUGGAGAGGUUUACAGACCAGCUACACGAAAUGCCUCAACCGAUUGAAAUAGAUGGAUUCGUUAGCAGAAUAGCCCUCGACGUUAUUGCUUGCUGCUUAUUUGAAACUACAAGCGAGUUUAUGGAGAAGAAUCGAGAGGAAAUUUUGCAGUACGCCGAAGGAUUUUGGAAGCUUUCCACGUCAGAGGCAUUUAUGCGAUUAAUGGUAAUUUUGUUGCCGAAUAUGGUAUUGGGGACAAAAAUCAAGACAAUGUCCGAUAAAAAAAAGAAUUUGUUUUUAAGUAAAGUUGCUGCAAUUCUGCAAGAAGGGCGUCAUGAAGAAUACAAUUUUAUGCGUAUGUUACAAGCCGAAAGCGAUGACUUGGCUCUAGAAAACGUAGCGGCUAACUGGUGGAUUUUUUUUAUCGCUGGUUAUAGAACUAUCGCGUCCAUAAUCAUAUUUUGCCUCUACGAGUUAGCGAUGAAUCAAAGUUACCUAAUGCUAUUGGUCACAUGA